GGGAUUUUCCUGGUGAUGCGUGUGGACUGUGCGGUCAGCGCCUGGUUUGAGCAGCUCCAGCCCAGGUAGCAUCUGAGCAGCCGAGAUGCAGGGAACCCAACGUGGAGCAUCAUCCCCUGAGGAGAUGGCUGGGUCCCUGUUUUGCAGGCCUGGCAGGACCUGGGAGCCGCCACCAUGGACAGUAGCUGGGGAUUAUCCCCGUCUCCCUGCUGGGUGCGACAGGGCGGGGCUGGCUGGUCUCUGGCCUCACUCACUGUCAUUGAACUCUGAGCUCAACUUCAUUGCCUCCCGCCAGGCCAGCCGCUCCUCGGGCCCGGGCCGCGCGGCGCAGCAGGCGGCGCGGCGCUGCCGACUCGCCUUCGACUCGCUGCUCCGCAAGAUCCAAGGGCUGCCGGCUGCUCUCCCCAGCCUUUCUCUGGAGCUUACUGUUCUCUACAACUCCCUGCUCUUUGCUGUUAGUGAGUCGGAUGGCCUCGUCGAGGGAGAAGCAGAAAGAAUCAACCAUGGGCUCAUUAGGGUGCUGGAGGCUUGCGGGGUGUCUGGGCAGGAUCUCAGCACUGAGGAGCUCUGGCAGAAAGUGCUGCAGGAUGUGACCACGGAAGAGCUGUGUGCACCUCUGCAUCGACUAGGUGCUCUGCAGGGGGCGGUAUGGCUGGCAGCAAACUGCCUGGGGAGCGUCACUGGUCUCUUCCGGCUCCUGAGUGACACCAAGGACCCUCUGCCUUCUGCCCACGGGGGUGAGAAUGAGCUCCUUGCACUUCUCAAGGCAUGGAGUGUGCCUGUUGAGGGAGACACGUCGCCCCUCGUGGUGCAGAGCACCAAGGACUUGAAAGAGAUACUGUGGACCUCGGCUGCCUUCCUCCAAGGUUUGCAGGGCCUGGAGGCUGGAAAUCUCCCUACAGCUCUCUCCCUGCUCCAGGCAGCCGCAUCUGGAUUCUGCUCCAAGAGGGUCCUGGCCCAGAUCUACACCUCCAUCGGCUGCUGCACUCAGCAAAUGGGCAAGCCUCAGACGGCUCUUCAGCACUUGAAGCGAGCGCUGCAGGUGGAUUUCCAGUGCCUCUCUGCCCUGUCCCAGGCGGCGCUGGUGUACCGCCAGCUGGGGGAGACGGACGCAGAGUUGGAGGCCCUGGCUCUGCUGUACAAGGCUCUGGAGACCCCCGCUCAGGAGACUGUCUCCAUCGAUCCUUGCUUUCUAAUCCGAACGGAGCUCCUUGUUCACACCCCGGCCCUGGCAUCCCUGUUCAGCCGCAGCCACCCAUCGGAAGUGAAGUACCUGCUGGCGCAGCGAUGCCUCCAGGCUGGCAGGGUGGCUGAGGCAGUGGAGCAUUACCUGGAUCUUCUGGCUCUGCUGCAGGAGGGGCCGCAGCACCAGGUGCCCCUGCACGGCAGGUCAGCUCUGCCCAGGAUCCCGGAGGUGUUCCUGGAAGCUGCGUCCGCCCUCGAGCAGCUUGGGAGGCACCAGGACGCCAUAGCUGUGUGUGAGGAGAUCAUCAGUCGAACAGAUGACCUGAUCCCAGAGACGCUGCGGAUCGAAUUGGACUCCAGUGCUGGAGGGGAGGCGCCAGGUAGGGCAGGCUCCCCUUCACCUGGCAUCCCGCCCCAGCAGAGAGAGAGCCUGCGCUGCAUCGUGUGGAGGGCGGCUGCGUAUCUGCACCAGGGCUGGGCUUGGACCAGGCUGGGGGAGAGCAAGGAAGCCAUAACACGGUUUACCAGGUGCCUUAAUGUCCUCCUGAGAGUCCAGCUCGUGAGCGCAGCCAGCAUCCAUAGCAGUGAGGAGAUGGCAGAGGCCCUGCCAGAGGCAAAGGUGCUCCAGAAGAUCAGGUUGCUGGCUCUCCUCGGACGAGGCUCCCAGUUCCAGGAGCUGGAUCGGGACAAAGAAGCUUUGAUGAAUUUCCAGCACAGUUUGCAAGUUUGCCCAGGUGACCCUGCUGCCACCUCUCACCUGCUGCGAUCUUUAUGGAAGCUGAACCGAAGGCAGGAAGCUGCUGCUCUCUGGCAGAAGUUGUACGCGGAUGCUGCCCCGGCAGACGGACAGCAGGAAGCACCGGGGAGGCCCUACCCAUUGUACCUGGUGUCGUGUCUAAAGCAAGUGAACCUCCCACACGACGAAUCUCUUGCUAGGAGUCUGCAGGACUAUCUGAGGACCAGUGGCCAGGAUCCUUAGAGCCAUCCCCAUCUCCCUCCCACUGCUAAAAUCUCCUUCCCUGCCGAGGGCAACAGAACAGCAUUAUGCUCUGACGGCUUUCCCAGGACUCUGACUUGCCCUUGGGCAGAAGAACUCUUCCUAGCCAAAGCCCUGAAGCACAAUGAAGCUAUUUUUUUGUAAUAAAAAGGACAUGGGAGUAGGCCACGCCCCAGUGUGUUCGGCUUAUGCACACUCUUCUCACCCUUGCCUGGACUGUGUACGUUAAGAGUGAAGCAUUGUGUGCUGCAGGGCGCUUGCCCCGGCGCUGUCAGGAAUGGCAUGAACCUCCUGUCUCUGUGUCCCCUCGCCGAGGAGAGUGGGGCUGCCUGCGUGCUGGAUCCAUUGGGCCAUGCCAACCGUAGAAGCACAGGUGUGUGUUUUAACACGUUAUCACCUAGUAUAGACAGGGCAAGCUGCGGUUCUAACCCCUGUUCCCUGCUGACCUGGCACUGGAGCCAGCACUAAACACGGGUGUUCCUGGCUCCAGGGACCGAGCUCCCACACUGCCUUUUUGUCUGAGCCGCAGCAGCUUCCCCCAACUACGCUGCACCCAGGGGCUGCAGCAGGGAGCAGUUCUCAGGGUGAAGGCAGCUUAGAAAUGUCACAGCGGAGAGAGGCAGGGGCAGGGCAGGGUACACGUGUUCUCUUCAGUGAAUGUCACAACGGAGGUGGGAGCUUGUGGACCAGGGAGGCCAUGGCUGUGCUGGCUGGAUUGUCAGGCCAGGGCAGGAGGGGAUCUGCUCAGGUAUGGCUCUGCAUCGGCACAUGGCGGGCCUGGGCUGUGGGGGGAACAGGGAUCAGACCUAGCUCCCCUGAGGUGCUCUAAGGGGGCGGGGGGAAGAGUUUUGCAUGGAGGAGAGGAUCGGCUGCAUGUGUAAUCACAAGGCAGGUGCACUGGGAACUGCAGGGCUCUCUGUGCUUGGUGGGCUGAUUUCCGGUCUGGGGCAGGAGCUUUCCCUGGGCCGGCCAUACAGGGUCUGUGUGGGGAGCUGCAGAAGGGAUCUCUGCUCAAUGGGUUGGGAAGUCACAGGGCUGGGGGAGGGUGCCUCUAGCUGCAGGGUCUGAGUCUCUUGAGUCAGGGGGUCUCUGGGAGGGAGUGUGCAGCCUGUCCAAUCAGGAGGGAAGCGCAUAGGCUCCUAGCCAAUCAGAGUCAGGAGCUGCAGCUUCAUGACCUCCUGUGGUGUGAGGGGGGCAGAGGGGGCAGGUGGGUGACCAUGGCGUGGGGGCUGGUCUGGCUGGCCAGUCUGCCGCAAGCAUGGGCCGGGGCACAGUUGUGAGAAGCAAUGGCAGUAGGGCCACUGAUUGAGCCUCUAAGGAAGGGGGUGACACCCCCAGGGAGAGAGCUAGGGGGCGGGGGCUACCCUUUGGGGGACCCUUCAUAGAGUGAGGAAGUUGAGACACCCCCUCUCCCCAUGCGGGUGACCCUCCUAGAUUGAGGUGCCUCUGGGACAUAUUCCCCCUCCAUGCACAUAGGGUGAGACUGAUUGGGGAGAUUCACCCCCCCAACACACACAGGUUUCUGGGGCUAGUCCCCAGUACCGUCCCUGUGUCCCUGUUUUUUCAACUCUUUUGUCUUGUCUAAUUGAUAAGUGAGUAACAUUUCUCGUGUUUUUAAGGGCAAAGACACAAUCUCCAGUAGCUGUAAGUGUUCUCCUAUGAACGUUUUGCUUCUCUACCAAAGAAUACAGAGAGGGACAGGGAAGUAAUGAAUCAGUUCAUUAAUCUGAAGAGAACAAACCUGUAGAAGGCUAAAAUUGACACCCCGAGUAACUGAUAGUUGCUGUUCUAUCUAUCAAUGAGAACUGCAGUAGAGUUCCAUCAGUCCACCCCUGAAAUGGAGCUGAAGGGCGGUGGGAGGAAAUCGUUUUUCCCAAAGUGUAAUUUGUGUGCGGAACUCUCUGCCACAGGCAAUCAGCAAGGCUCAGAACUUGGUAAGUUUCAAGGAGCGACGGUGCAGAGCAGGCAGGCGCUCAGUUCCCAGGGCCUCAUCCGGUGCUGCAGGGAAGGCUGGGGCUUGGCCUUAGGAGGGGGCAGCUCUGGGUCGGCUCUGCAGGGGGCUGCAAACCUGCAACUUGGCUCGCUGAGCCCCUCCCAGCUUGGCUGGCCCCCCAGUUCCAUUCCUCUCCCCAGGGGCUGGAUGGCUCAGGUGCUUGCUAAGGUAGGAAGGUGAACAAUGGAGGAUGCUGGGGGUUCUCCCUGCACAGAUGGGGGGGUCUCUGUGGGAAGGGCACGGUGUCCCUGUCUGCGUAGGGUUUUUAUAGGUUCUCGGGCCAAAAGGGACCCCUGAGGCCACCUGGUCUGACUUCUUGUAUAACACAAGCCCCUCAGACUGCCAUGAAUUAAUUAAUUGCUGUUUGAACUAGAGCAGAUCUUUUAUGGAAACAUCCUCACUUGAUUUGUAAAUGGCCAGUGAUAGAGCAUCUGCCACACCCCUGGGUAAACUGCUCUCAGGGUUAAUUACCGUCACUGUUAAAAUUUUACACUUUAUUCCCAGUCUGAAUCUGUCUAAGCAGCAUGUGCACAGGCCAGGCACUUCCACCUUAGGUGUCCUGUCUCUGGCCUGCUCUGCUCUCCCUAGGGCCACGCUUCCUCUCCCCCUCAGGUGCUGGGAUCUGCCUGGGGAGCCUUCCUGCUGCAGCAGAGCCCUCGGGGCUCAGGCAGUGCUGAACAGCUCCUCCAGGCCAGCGGCGAGCCAGCAUGGCCAUGGGGUGCUGACACGAUGGGGCUGUGUGUCUCUAGGGCACAGUGUGUGCUGGGCCAGUGCUGCCCGUGCUGCCAACAUGGUGAGGCUGUUCCACCAUGGGAAGGGAAACAGGCUGAUCCAGUGCCCAUCCUCCCAUGCUGAUAGGUUACUGGAGGGCUCCAUAACAAUCCCUGUCCCCAGCCGGCUACAUGAAUAAUCUGUCUUCUCCUGCUGGCCUUGCGGGCUCUGGAGAGCAGCAGGGGCUGAAUUUGACUGCUGCUAACAGAGACCCAAGCAGGGCCUGGCAGACUGUUCCAGAACAGUGGUGGGUAGAUGGCAUGGCACAGCACGGCACCCAGGCUGCUGUUAGGACGGCUCAUUCCCCUGGUUACCUGCCUGCAUUUUUGGUAUAGGGUAAAGGUUUAACCUGUUGCUUGGCUGGUGCAAUAGGAGAUAAGCAUUAAUCUCCUUUGUGCUAUUAUAGGGGGGUUAACACAACAUAAGCUUUUAAAGUCCAUGUCACUGAUGGUGACGUUGCCCAGGGUGGGGCCCGUGGCAUGUGUUGGACACACCCUGGUCUGACAUUGUGGGAUGCCUGUGCAUGUCAGGGCUGGGAGCUGAAGGGAGAUACCAUUAGGAUGUAGCACCCAGAGGCUCCAGUCAGAGUCAGGACCUCUUGCACUGCACGAAGACGGAGGCGGACAGUGGGAGGAGAGAAUGUGGGCUGUGCCACUGUUAGAUGAGAUUAGGCAUGGGGCUGUGCUGGGGCUAGAUGGUAACAGCCGGAUCCGGGGAGGUUCCAGUUAGCUUUACGCAGGCGUGAGGCAGGGCCAGCGUUGCUGUGGGUCCACACCAGCUGUAUGUGGUAGCAUCAAGCACUGCGCUGAGCUGGCAUGUGCACACAGGGACUUUGCUGCCCUCUCCUGACCACAUGGCGGAACGUCAGCGCAGCGUCCACUGCCCAGGGCACAGACUGCAGCAGGUGGCUGACGACCUGGGUGCUUGUUUAUAUCCAGUUAGCUGAGAGCCGGGUUCCAGCUGAUCCUGUGCCCACACAAGAGCCAAGGCAACAGCUCCUGUGCCUGCCUCUGCCUUUGGGUGGGACAGGCCUCAGGCUCUGGGAUGAUGUGGCUCUGCUGCUCUGCCCUGGGAAGGGAGCAACAGCAGCCCUUGAUCAUCGUUGAUUUCUGCCCGUGCCCAGAGCUAUGCGCCUCCCAAAAUGCGGGCUAGGAGCUGACCCCCUAAAGGGGCCUGAAGCCGUGGCGUGGGGCGGGGUGAGGGACUGAUGCCACCAGGAUGGCGAGAGCCAGGAGGUGCCCUUUGGCUUUGUGACUAAAUGGAUGGCUCAGAUGGGGAAUUCUCUGUUGGCAGGGCAGCAGAUAUGAUCAUUAAGGAUGCUCUUGCCAUGGCAGGGGUGGGGGCGGCAGAUCAGCACAACCCUCUCCAUGCUGCUACUGGCCAGUAAUGUCCCUGGACAAUGUCACUUUUUGCCCUGCCACUGGCAGGCUUCAGUUACUGGUGAUAUCAGUGACGCCCCCUCAGCUCCCUGUGCCCCGGCUUGGGGAGUUGCAGUCACAAAGGCCAGAGUGGCUGUGUUUCCCAGAGGUGGGACUGACAGAAUCAGCAUUUGUUAGCUGCAGGAAUAGCACAGUGUACACUGCACGUUGGCUGGCACAGUUCCACCAGCCCGGGUGUGAUUGGCCCAACAGAGCUGUGCUGGCAAAGGACUGUAGUGCCAGUGCUGUUGUAGGGGCAAUACUGCACUCUUGUCGAGUUUGUUACAUCUGCACUCGGGUACUCCGCUGGACUGGUAACCCAGUAUAGCCACCCUGGCAAAGCACUCCUGGUGCAGAUCUGGUCUGAGAGUGAACAUGGCAGAACGUGCCGUUCAGUACUGACGCUCAUUGGAUCAGUCUCCCCAUCACUGGCAUUGAUCCAUUUCAUCUCCUCCCAAAAGGAAGGGCCCUCCUCCUGCCACACUCACCGUAAUGCAAUGCUAAACGGUAUUACACUGUUCAGCCACUAGGGCGGGGUGCUGGAACGAGUUUUGUAGAGGGGCUGCUGAGAGCCAUAAACUGUAGACCCUGUAUAUAAUGGAAACCACUUCAAGCCAGGGGCUGCUGCAGAAUUGAGGGGUGUAUUACCCCAGAAUUUUAUCAAGCUAAUUGCAGCUAUAUUGUUGCAUUCAGCCACCAUGAAUUAGUAAAAUACAAUGCCACAUAGUUAAGACAAGCAGGACUUCUGGAGGCAAGGUCAAAUACUAGCUACAGGCUGGCAGGCUCUGCUAAUGGGAGGAGGGGAGAAAAGAGUCAACAAUUGGAGACUGACAGAAAAUAAGUGGAUGGAGACCUUGAGUUUGGGUGCCCUUAAUAUAAAAGCUUAUUAUAGCUCAGAUUGUUAGGAAUGUUUUGUUAAGUAGUUGACUGAAGGUAGGAGAGGUGAUGGCCCAGUAGGGGGUCACUACCAGCUGUGUGUUUUGUAAAAAUUAGUUACAAAAAGACUAGAUAAGAGUGGCAGGUAAGUGACCGGCCAUUGCUGACCUGCUGCUGAUUACUUGAUACCAUCUCAGAUUUUAGGUAAUUAUUUGGGAUGUUCUAAACCUAUUGCUUAUGUCUGUGUGUGCUUAAAUCUAAUAAAUAGUAGUUUUAGAUAAGA